AUGUCUGAAAGAAAAGCGGUUAUCAAGAAUGCUGACAUGUCCGAAGAGAUGCAGCAGGACUCGGUGGAAUGUGCCACUCAGGCCCUGGAGAAAUACAAUAUCGAGAAAGACAUUGCCGCGCACAUUAAAAAGGAAUUCGACAAGAAGUACAACCCCACAUGGCACUGCAUCGUUGGCAGAAACUUUGGCAGCUAUGUGACGCAUGAGACCAAACAUUUCAUUUAUUUCUACCUGGGCCAAGUUGCUAUUCUGCUCUUCAAAUCUGGUUAG